AUGGUUCUUGCUUUGAUGGAUGCAAUUGAAUCAGGCGACGGCGCAUGGAAGUACCAUCUGGAAGGCGCCAAGAAACUCUUGGUGAGCCGGCAAAGCAAAAGCCCAUCUAGUCCAACACAACGCAUGAUCGACUGGUUGGACGCAUUCGUAUUUGACAGUUGUCUCAUCAUGCAAGUCAUGGGCGCUACACUCGCAAGGCCCGGCUCCCUCUCCAAACCCUUCUACUCCUCCGACAUAGGCCCGGAAACGCUGAAACGCCUCGAAGAAACCGCCUGGAUAGGAUGUCCCGCCUACCUCCUCGAAGUCAUCUUCUUCGUCCACGAGGGCUGGUGCGUCGACCCAGACCCCAGCACCAACCCACCCGCCAUGAACUACUCCUCGACAUUCCUCCCAAAGGGCUCGAACCCCCUCCUCCAACCCCCAACAGCCCUCCUGCAACACAUCCAAGCUUUUGACCCAGUCGCCUGGGCCGAAGAAAUGCAAAGCUUCCUCCACCUCCCCGACCUCUCCGUCCGAACCGCACUAGCAACCAUCUGGCGCGCCGCCGUCUACCUCUACACCAGCCGCGUCCUCUCCCGCCCUCGCGCCCACGGCCGCGCAAAAUCCACCAUCCCAGGCCUCCCACCCGACCACAAAGCCAUCACCAACCUCCUAAUUCAAAAAAUCCCGCUAAUCCCCGUCGCAGACGACCACUUCAAAUGCCUUAUCUGGCCGACCUUCAUCGCCGGCGCAGAAUGCACCGACCCUUCUCUCCGCCCAAUCCUCCUCCAGACCCUCAGCGCAAUUUAUUACGAUGUCACAUCCGUGAACGUCCGCAACGCAGCCUGGGUUCUAAGUCUGAUGUGGCAGAAGCGGGACUCGAGACGGGCUCAACAGCAGCAGGAUGGUGAUCCCUUUGGGUCUUUUGUUCAUGAUGAUGGUGAGGACGAUUUCGACUGGAUUCAGGAAUUGGAUGAUUCGCGCAUCGAUUGGUUAUUUAUAUGA